AUGAUGGAGAAAGCAUUAAGCCGGGGAACAUCUUUGUCCGGUGAAAGCAAUUUAUCAACCCAGGAGCUGAGUCCAAGAAUAAUGGGAUCAUUGGAGGAAAGAUUGAUAAUUGAAAAUGACAAUUUCACUUCUAAAAACCAAACACCGCCAACGCUGAGGACUCCAGCGACAAAGAAGGCCAAGCGCGUCAGAUUUUUUCGCAAUGGAGACAAAUUUUACACUGGAAUUGUUAUGGCUGUAACUCCAGAGCGUUACAGAAGUUUUGACAGCCUGACGACUGAUUUGACGCGGGCUCUGCUGUCAAACGUGACUCUGCCCAAUGGAGUUCGGACUAUUUACUCGAUGGACGGCAAGAAAGUCCAGACUAUCAACGACCUGGAGGACGGCAAGUGCUACGUGGUCUCUGGACACGGAGAGCUGUUCAAGAAAGUCGAGUACUCGUCGACGAAAGUCCGCAGAGGAAGCUCGCUCUCGGGAUUGCCGCAGUCUCCAGCUGGCACGGGUAGAAUCGUCACAAUCAUUCCUUCGUGUGUCAGGGCGAGGAUCAUCACGCUGAUAAGACACGGCAGCAAGCCCCGCAAGGUCCUGAGGCUGCUGAUCAACAAGAGGAACGCUGCCAGCUUGGAGCAUGUGCUGGAGGCGAUCACUCAGACGGUCAAGCUGGACUGCGGUGUUGUCAAACGGGUCUACACGCUCUCGGGCAAGCUGGUGAUCUCAUUGGAGCAGUUCUUCGAAGCCGAGGAGGUUUUUCUCGCGUAUGGGAGCGAAAAGUCCACCCAGGAAGACUUUGAGCUGGAUAUUGAGGAGAGUAAGUGUGUGCAGAGCUUCAAGCGAGGCUCCUGUGUGUCUAAAAGACAGAGUGGGCCCAUGCCGGUGAUGCCCAGGAAGACUGGAAAAAGAACGCUCACUGCUCCACAAGUCAGGACUCCCAGUCCUUCUACUUUGACCCUCCCACAGCCUUUUAGGAUGCACUACAAUAGCUUUCUAGGAGGCGAGCAGUCCACGUCUCGAUGUAUUGCAGCCAGUGAAUCGCCGCAGCAACACCGGAAUCAGCAGUGUCAGCCGCUGAGGGUGAACACGUCUUUCGAGCUGAACUCGAGCAAGCAGUGGAGCGACGGCGACGGGAGCAUCACCGACAUCUGCCAGUCUCCGGUCAGCAGACACCAGCUCUGGUCGGAAGACCAACCAAAGAGCAACCAGCUGUGUGAUGAAACCGACAAGUUCAACGGCAAUAGCUUUGCCAUUAAUAACGAAGAGCCCAUAUCACUGAGCGCAGAGUGCUUGCAAGAGAUAAGUGUUCUCACGAGCUCGAUGCGCGACCUUAUGCAUAAUAUUGAUGAUGACAUUGUGGGGCAAAAAACCUCCAAGAGUGUUACAUCAUCGCUUAACAGUAUUCUAGAAAACGUUAAUUGUAAUAAAAAUAACAACGGACGUUAUCUAAGUCCGGUUUAUAAUAAUUUACAUUCCACUAAUAAGAGAAAUGGUAAUUCUCUUUCAGACAUCCAUUCCAAAGCAAACACCGAUAAAAUUUCAGCAACUACAUCAUCAUCAUCAUCAUCGACUAUUACCAACGAUUAUCACCGACUGCAACCGGUCGCUGAUAAAAGGUGCAAUAAUUUAAGUAGCAAGAAGAGUAAAAAUAGUAUUUAUAGUGUUUCCAAUGGUGCUGCUGCUGGUAACAAACGUGAUAACGACAAUGACAAGUACUCCUCCGUUGAAAAUUUCUCCCAGUCGACGGACGGCCUCAGUGUCAGCUCAGACAAUAAUAUCGAGACCUCUGAUAGCUUCGUUAAUAUUCAGUUCGCUAAAUUUAACAAAACUAUCGGCGGAUCCAGCAGCCAGAGUACCCAGUCCUCGGAAAGCCUCGACAAUAUCCCCAUCAACCGCGGGACCAAGCUAAACUCCACUGUCAUUGGGAAGAAAGUUACCGAAGACAUCAGUCGCCAGGUUUUAAAGAGAAAUCCAAAGUACAAUUUACGCUCGACAGCUAAUCGCAACUCCAAGUUGAUCGAACCUGCUUCUUCCUCGGUGAAUUCUAGGAUUAAAAAUUCGCUGAUCCCGCUGAGAGCCAAUGACCAGUUGGUCGCUGAUAAUAAACCAGACACCUCGGUUAAGUCUUUGGGCAGCGACCAAGUUAAGAUGAGAGAAAAAAAGGCUCCGGUUGUGAAACGCGAUAGCAAUAAAAAACGCUUCAGUUGUUUCUCGAAUUACUCGGGGAAGAAAUCUCAAGAUUGUGAGGAUAAAUUGAACAGCGCUAGGAAGUGCAGCUCUACUGAUGAGCUGAGAGAAGACAAACAAGUCAUUUCCAAAAUUAAUGUUAAGGCUAAUAGGUAUAGUUUGUAUUACACGCCACAGCUGCCGAGAAAAUCUUAUGAGUUGGAGGCUAAUUGCGGAAAAUCUGCGGGAAAGUCUUGUAAAAAUUCAGUCACGCUUGGUGGAGCAUCCAGACCAACUAGUUGGAAAAUACCAGAGUCUAGGACAGAUGAGACCAGUGAUAAGCGAAACAAUCGGAAGUCACUUGUUGAUACUUAUAGUUAUUCUAAUGUUAAGCGGGGUAAUAAAACUGCUAGACAGUCGGUGGUUAAUUUACCUUCGAGUAAUGAUGGGAAAAUAAAGUAA